AUGAGUCGUCCAGUAUUUCGUACAAGAAACUUAGAUCCUAGUAAACGUAUACGUGUGAUAAUUGAUCAACAUGAUAAUAAUAAUAACGAUUUACAACAUUUACAAACACCAGCUUCUUCUAUUCAACGGUGUGUUCCACAAAUGCCAUUUGUAUCUGGUAUGGAAAGAGAGGAAGAAGCGGAAUAUCAUUUACAGAAUGCUCUCGAUGCACAACAACGUUUGGGAUCAGCGAAAAUUCGUGCUGUUCCAACACCAGACUUAUAUGAAGAUCCAAAUAGUGCAUCCAUUUAUCCUCCUAUUGUACAAUUACCUAAACAACUCAUACGAAUACAGCCUUUACAAUUUGAAUCGGAUUAUCCUGAGUAUGAUAUGGAUACAAAUGAUACGGAAUGGUUUGAAAAAUGGAACAACUGUUUGGGUUUAACACAUUUACAAUAUGAAGAAAUCAUUGAUAAAUUAGAAAACUCUAGUGGAAGAACAGUAUUAUCAUAUGAAGAUGCGAAAACAUUAAUCAAAGAAGAUGAAGAUUUGUUGAAAAAUGUUUACGAAUUUUGGUUGGAAAGAAGAAAUACAACGGUACACAAAUUUUUAUUAAAAAAUAAGAACACAAUAUUUACUAUUCGUUUUUUUAUUCUAAUUUAUCAGGGUAAACGAUUAAAACCGAGACUAUUAACUGAACGUGAUAUCAAAGAAGAAAAAGGAAAACAUCAUCCAUAUGUAGCGUUUCGACGUCGUAUUGAAAAAAUGACAACUAGAAAGAAUCGUAAGAAUGAUGAGCAAGCAUACAUGUCUAUGCUUAAACUACGUUCAAGUUUUCAAGCUAUUGUAAAACUAACGAAUAUGAUCAAAGUUCGUGAAUCCAUUAAACAACAAUUAUUAGAAUGUUCAUUGCAGAUAUUUCAAACACGCUGUGAAUCAUCAGAAUCCGACGACUAUAUGCUAAAUAAUGGUCAUAUAGAUAUAAUUAAAUCGUUAACAAAAUCAAACUUGAACAGUAUUUUUAAUAAUAAUAAUAAUAAUAACGUACUAACUAUAUCUAGCUUAAAUAAAAACUCUUCAACGUUAGCUACGCUUUUAUCAACACCACCACCUUCAACCAAUUCGCUUCUCUAUCAAACACAAACAUCAUCAAACGAGAUAAAUAAUGAUGAUGCACUCGAACCAAAAGUGAAACGUAUGAAAGUAUCACAAUCUUCAUUAAUGUCAGCAUCAGCUACAAUGAAACAUUUAAUAUCUUCGGCAACAAUGCAACAACAACAACAACAAAAUUCAUCAAAUUUAUCUAAACCAUCAUCGGCUUCCUCAUAUAGUAAAAGGGUGUACGCAAGAAUGAAUAUCAACAAUUCAGGAAAAUUAGUUUCACUUCCACCAAUUCCUGCACAAAAUUCUGUCACAGCAAAUUCAUUAUUAUUAGAACGUUUAUCUCCGAGUGCAAAUACGGCUACUGCUGCUGUUGUUAUUUCAUCUAAACAACAAACAGCAAAACGAAGACAAAAACAACAACAAUGCCAAAAUACUUUUGGUACUGCGAACAAUCUCUUAAAUAAAAAAAAUAGAACUCAUUUACAAUCUCCGUUUUUACUAACACCAUUUUCAAAUGAUAAUAAUAUCACACAGACAGAUAAUACCGCUGGCGGUUAUCUGUCUUCUCUAAAACCUUCAUCUUUAUCAUCCAUAUUGCUGGCAGCAACAUACAAUGCAAGACCAAAUGAGGAUAUUGGUCAGUCGAACAUUUAUUCAAAUGAUUCAUCUCCAAAAACACCAACGAUGACUAAAAAUGAAAUAACAUCAUUAUUCGAUAGUGCCAUCAGAAGAACGUUAUUUUCUGACCACAACGGACGGUUUCAAAAUCUAGCGAAUCUGCCUGCAUUGACAAAUGCAUUAACUCCAACGGUCAGUAAUGAAAAUAAUAAUAGUGUCGAUACAUCGAAUCCAUGGCAGUUUCGUCCAAAGGCUGGAUGCAGAUAUUUAAAAUCACUUUCAACCGAACAGUUAUAUACACGUCUCAAGUAUCGAACGACAAAUGAUAAAAAAAGUUCAUAUUAUAAUAUAUGUUGUUCCACUCAAGGACAAAUUGGCCGUUCUCGGGUUAGAAUUGGCCGAGGUGGAAGAUUAUUGUACGAUCGUCGUUUACCAAAAGAAUCUAGUAAAUCGAUACCUGAGACAAAACAACAUUUCGCUGAAAAGCCUAUACUUUGGCGUAUGUCAGCGAAACCAGAUUUAGCGAACGACUAUAAAUUACACAGUCAUUUGACAGUUAACGAUCAUGAUUUGGAUUUAUCUCGAAAACACUUAACGAACAAAUCGCGUACAAUUAUACGAGUUGUUAAUGAUACAUUGACAUCGCUCUAUUCUGAAACCAAUGAUUCCACUUAUUCUGUAAUUGAUCCCUCUAUUUCAACUACAGAAAUCUUUUAUCCAUCGCUUUCUUCAAAUGAGUCAUUGUUAGACGAAGAGCGAAAGAAAUCAUUUAUCGAACUUGAUCAUCCAUAUUCCUGUACGUCGAAGCGUGUUAUACAAGCAUUAAAAACAUUAAGUUCAACGUCUGCGUCAUCGUCAACUCAUUUUUCUUCUACAACUACGCUUUCUCCAUUGGCUUUAUCUAUCGAUACACCUCCAACUCCGCCUCCUACUGAUCAUGAAAGUGAUCGUUCUAAAUCGUUUAUUUUACCUCCUGUAACACCAAAUACGUACAGUUAUCCAACGACUCCUCCUACACUAAAUCGUUCGAACGACACACCAACUGAUUCGUCAAAUACAAAUAUAACGAAUUCAAAAUUAUCAACUUUAUUAGCAUUCGGCAGUAAUCCAUCACUGUCAUCACACUCAGGGUUUAAAGUGCAACCAAAUUUAACAUCUUCCGCAUGUUCAAUUUCACAGGCAGAUUCUUCUUUAUCUCACACAAUUUCUCCAUCCAUUACAACAUCAUCACAUUUUUUACUUCGUGUUCCUGCACCCGGUUUGAUAAAUAAUCAGUACAAUAAUCCUACAACUAACACAUCAUCAUCAAAAUCUUCAUUGUUCAACUCAACAGCAAAUCAUCGUAAUGUAGUCAUUCCAUCUGCUGUGAAUGAAACGAAAAAUGUAUUGUUACCCACUCCAUUCACACUCUUUCAACAUAAAACAACAAAUGGUUACAAUGGUUCCAUCACAAGUUUUGUUGCUCCAUCAGUUAAAUUAUCGCCCAUUGAUUCGUCGUCGAUGAUAACUGAAGUUACAUGA